AUGGGUCGCUGGGGACACACCCUCUUUGGCCACGACGAUGCCAUUCGUCAUGCCAUCGAGAUCACCAAGGGUAUCACGCAGGGAAACAACCGUCAUUUUGCCCACAUUCUGGACAAAGUGCUCACCGCAAGCCCGCUUCCCGUCGGCAGUUACUACGCCCAAGAGUACGAUCUCAUCGAUCAGCUUCAGAGUGACGGAGAAGAGGCCAUAGUAAGCAUCGCAGGGAUAUUCAUCUUUCUCCUCAAACCAGGCAGUGUCCUGACAGUCUUCCACCAGGACGAGGUCAUCCGUCAGAAGCUUGAUUCAGGCAAGGGAGACGAGCUGUUUGACAAGUGCCGCACUGCCAGGCAGGACUUCCCUGAUAUCUUCGGCGAUUCUCAGUACCGCCCGAUCGUCCUUGCCGCUAUCAUGAUGGAGUUCGGAGCCACUAUCAGACAGGCCGACGUGGCAUACCUCCGCGACCUCGUCUCGAAGAUGCAGUGCAACGAGCAUGCGACCAUGGCCCUCGACGACAUGGGCAUCCGCGGCGCCGGACAGCGGCAGGUCCUCGCCGCCCUGGACCACUACCAGGCCGGCAAGCCCAGGAGCUUCGUGGAGCCGAGCUGCCACUGCUGUGGAAAGAUCAAUGCCGACAUCAAGGCGGAGGGCAAGACCCUGAUGAAGUGCGGCGGAUGCAAGAACCAGAUCGCCGCCGCGUGGUUCUGUGACAAGGUGCGUAUGGCCGGCGGCACACUUCUUCUGUCUACUCGAACAGCCCAGUGGAGGCGCCACAAACCCAACUGCGGUACCCCUGUUGGGAGCGGACUCGCCAUGUUCCAAGCAUACGGCAAGAAUUCUCUUGGGGUCAACAUGUAUCGGGGCUUCAACGUCUAG